UCAGCGUCAGUUGUUUGUAUACAGCGCUAUUGUUGACAGGACUUCAACAAACGAAGAACUGUGUUUUACAAUUACUUGACUUUCAGUACUUAUUAUUAAAUCGGCGUCUUAAAAUGGCUUUGCUACCAUACUUAUUGGAUUAUGAAAUGAGACCUCGUCGAAUUCGCGAUCAGCUAUUUGGGCUGGAUCUGGCACACGAUGAUUUUCUCUCUGAUAUCCUGGAUAGACCAUUGAGGAACUAUAUGCGACCGUGGAGAAACCUUUCUAAUCUGGCACGGGAUGUCGGCAGCACUAUUAAAACGGACAAAGACAAGUUCCAAGUGAAUUUAGACGUGCAGCAUUUUGCACCUGAAGAAAUAUCUGUCAAGAUAACUGAUAACUAUGUAGUGGUUGAAGGUCAACACGAGGAGAAGAAAGACGAGCAUGGAUAUAUUUCAAGACAGUUUAAACGAAGAUAUUUGAUACCGGAAGGAUGUAACAGUGAAGCUGUCGAGUCCAAACUAUCUUCAGAUGGAGUUCUAACGAUCACUGCACCUAAAUUACCUUCAGAUAAAGGUGAGAGGAUCAUACCCAUUUCCCAAACUGGUCCUGUAAGAAGGAAAUUAACUGAUUCAGAGGACCACCAACCAAAUGGAGAAGCAGCUGAAGAGGCCAAGACCCCGCAGAAGAAAAGAAGGCGAUAAAAUUACACGAUUAUUAUUAUUGUCUUUAAUUAUAAGUACAAAUAAUGCGAAGUAAGACUGAUUUUUUCUAAUAAAUUAAUUUAAGGUAAAAUAUUAAA